CUCUUGCCUAUUCUGGGGAACCGGUGCAGCUCCGGGCGGCGGCGGGAACGGGGAGCUGGGGGCGACGGGCCCAUGGCCCCAGCGGGAGGCCCCCGAUUUCUCCCUCGGUUCGCGGUGACGAACUUCGGGGCUCCGAAGGUCUGACCACCUCCUAAAGCUAGCAGUAGAAGAAGCAGUGCCAAGACAGAAGCCAGGCUUUGUUCAUAGUCCAUCCAGCUCUGGAUACCAACUAUGUGUAUUCUUCAUUUCGUGGCAUCAAGAGGCAAGAGCCAUGGCAGCUGAGCAGGGCUACCUGAUUCCAGGGUGUUUUUCCUGGGUGUCAUUGGCAGACGUUUCUCUUUCCCUACAGCAGCAACAUGGCCUCUCUGCCUGUUUGACAGAGAUUGAGGGCAUGUUCCUUGAUGGACAGUCACAGCUUAAAGCCUGCAGGAAACGGGUCAGAGACCAUUUCCAUUACAGCUGAGGAAAAUGAAAUUUCCAUUUUAUUUGGUGCCUUUUAGAGACAGUGCACUGACUCUUCAGGAAAGGAGUGAGGAACAAGUUGAGUCGUUUAGUGGAAACUUUCAUGGUUAUGGCUACUGAACCAACGUGAUCAGAGGGGGAAGGUGUCACACAGAGACUUAUGACAGGCUAUACCAUGUUGCGGAAUGGGGGAGUGGGGAAUGGAGGCCAAACCUGGAUGCUGCGAUGGUCCAAUCGCAUCCGACUUACCUGGCUCAGCUUUACACUCUUCAUCAUUCUGGUUUUCUUCCCCCUCAUUGCCCACUACUAUCUGACUACCUUGGAUGAGGCAGAUGAGGCAGGCAAACGAAUCUUUGGGCCACGCGCUGGCAAUGAGCUGUGUGAGGUGAAGCAUGUAUUAGACCUUUGUCGCAUCCGUGAGUCAGUCAGUGAAGAACUCUUGCAGCUCGAAGCCAAACGGCAGGAGCUGAACAGUGAAAUUGCCAAACUCAACCUGAAGAUUGAAGCCUGUAAAAAGAGUAUUGAGAAUGCCAAACAAGACCUACUUCAGCUCAAGAAUGUCAUCAGCCAGACUGAGCAUUCCUACAAAGAGCUGAUGGCCCAAAAUCAACCUAAACUUUCCUUGCCUAUCCGACUGCUGCCAGAAAAAGAUGAUGUAGGCCUGCCUCCCCCUAAACUUCUACGUAAUUGCAGGCUACACAAUUGCUUUGACUACUCUCGUUGUCCUCUCACUUCUGGCUUCCCAGUCUAUGUCUACGAUAGUGACCAAUUGGCCUUUGGUAGCUAUCUGGACCCCCUGGUCAAGCAGGCUUUUCAGGCCACAGCACGAACCAAUGUCUACGUCACAGAGAAUGCAGACUUUGCCUGCCUUUAUGUGAUUCUGGUGGGAGAACUGCAGGAGCCACUGGGGCUGCGGCCUGCUGAACUGGAGCAACAGUUGUACUCUCUGCCCCAUUGGCGGAGAGACGGACACAACCACCUCCUCAUCAACUUGUCAUGGAAGUCAAAUACCCAGAAUUUACUGUAUAAUGUCAGUACAGGUCGAGCAAUGGUGGCCCAGUCUACCUUUUACACUGCUCAGUACCGACCUGGCUUUGAUAUAGUCAUAUCACCACUAGUCCAUGCCAUGUCCGAGCCUAACUUCCUGGAGAUCCCUCCACAGGUUCCAGUCAAGCGGAAGUAUCUCUUCAGCUUCCAAGGCGAGAAAAUCGAGUCCCUGCGGUCCAGUCUUCAGGAGGCGCGCUCCUUUGAAGAGGAGAUGGAAGGUGACCCUCCAGCUGACUAUGAUGACCGUAUCAUUGCCACCCUGAAGGCAGUACAGGACAGCAAGCUGGAUCAGGUGCUGGUGGAGUUUACCUGCAAGAACCAGCCUAAACUUAGCCUGCCUACUGAGUGGGCACUGUGUGGGGAGAGGGAGGACCGCCUCGAAUUACUGAAACUUUCCACCUUUGCUCUGAUUAUCACGCCGGGUGAUCCACACUUGGUGAUCUCUGCCGGAUGUGCCAUGCGGCUUUUUGAGGCCUUAGAGGUAGGAGCGAUUCCGGUGGUGCUGGGGGAGCAGGUGCAGCUUCCCUACCAGGAUAUGUUACGGUGGAAUGAGGCUGCCCUGGUGGUGCCCAAGCCCCGGGUCACAGAGGUUCACUUUCUGCUGCGGAGCCUCUCCGACAGUGACCUACUGGCCAUGAGGCGCCAAGGUCGCUUUGUUUGGGAAACCUACUUCUCCACAGCUGACAGUAUCUUCAACACAGUUCUGGCUGUGGUUAGAACUCACAUCCAGAUCCCAGCUGCUCCCAUCCAUGAAGAAGCAGCGGUUGAGAUUCCCCAUCGCUCAGGCAAAGCGGCUGGCACUGACCCCAACAUGGCAGACAAUGGGGAUCUGGACCUGGGUCCAGUGGAAACAGAACCACCCUAUGCCUCUCCUAAAUACCUCCGCAACUUUACCUUGACUGCCACUGAUCUUUAUCGCAACUGGAACUCAGCCCCAGGGCCUUUUCAUCUUUUCCCACACACACCUUUUGACCCUGUUCUGCCUUCAGAGGCCAAAUUUCUUGGUUCUGGCACUGGAUUCAGACCCAUUGGUGGAGGUGCAGGAGGUUCUGGCAAGGAGUUCCAGGCAGCACUUGGAGGCAAUGUUCCAAGAGAGCAGUUCACAGUGGUGAUGUUGACUUAUGAACGAGAGGAAGUGCUCAUGAACUCCUUAGAGAGGUUGAAUGGCCUCCCUUAUCUGAAUAAAGUGGUGGUUGUGUGGAACUCCCCAAAGCUUCCAUCAGAGGACCUCCUGUGGCCUGACAUUGGCGUCCCCAUUAUGGUGGUCCGCACUGAGAAGAACAGCUUGAACAAUCGCUUUUUACCCUGGAAUGAAAUUGAGACUGAGGCCAUCCUAUCCAUUGAUGAUGAUGCUCACCUCCGCCACGAUGAAAUCAUGUUUGGGUUUCGGGUAUGGAGAGAAGCUCGAGAUCGCAUUGUGGGUUUUCCUGGGCGAUACCAUGCUUGGGAUGUCCAGCAUCAGUCUUGGCUCUAUAAUUCCAAUUAUUCCUGUGAGCUCUCCAUGGUGCUGACAGGUGCUGCCUUCUUUCACAAGUAUUAUGCCUACCUGUAUUCCUAUGUGAUGCCUCAGGCCAUCCGGGACAUGGUGGAUGAAUACAUCAACUGCGAGGAUAUCGCCAUGAACUUCCUUGUCUCCCAUAUCACUCGGAAACCCCCCAUUAAGGUGACGUCGCGGUGGACAUUCCGAUGCCCGGGGUGCCCUCAGGCCUUGUCCCACGAUGACUCGCACUUCCACGAACGGCACAAGUGCAUCAACUUCUUCGUCAAGGUGUACGGCUACAUGCCCCUGCUGUACACACAGUUCAGGGUGGACUCCGUCCUCUUCAAGACCCGCCUGCCCCAUGACAAGACCAAGUGCUUCAAGUUCAUUUAGAGGCAACUCGGGGUUGGCGAUCAGAUUGUGUGGAGUGGAGGAGAUGGCACUUGUGGGCCAGAAGGGUAGGAGGCCUCGUGGACGGCCACCCGCGGGUGGUCCAGGCUGGCCACUGCCGAGGAAGGGGGCUGGCAAGGCUGGGAGGGAACAUCGGCCUUCGGUCCUGAGGCCCGCCCUGCCCAGGCACAAGCCAGUUCUGGCUUGCUCCAGCUAGAGCUUUGGCCAAGAGUGCCAGAGCUCUGGCCACCAGACUCUCGAUAGCUUACACUGAGGACCGCGGCCACUCGGGACAGGCGCUCACUGAGUACAUUAGCCCAGGACAACUGGUUUGUGGUUUUAUUAUAAUAAUAAUACCUGUUAUUAUUAUUUAAAGAGAAAGUGUUUCAGGUGUGCCUCCCAAGGCUUUUAUAUACAUACAUGUAUGUUUGCACACACACACACACACACACACAUCUUUGGGGGCUGAAUUUUUUGCCUGUCUCCUGCGUGAGAAAUGGCAGGCUUCAGAGGCCACCUCUUCUUUAGGGGGAUGGAGGCGGCUCCCAGCCUCCUUUCCUCUCUCCCCACCUCAGGCAUCGUCCCGGGGUGUCUGUGUUGAAACAAGUCAGGGAACGGGGCUUUCCUCGUCCCAGCCCGCGCCCAGGCCCAUCGCCACCCUCCCAUUUCCCUCUCCUUCCACUUUCUAAGCCAAGCCUGACUCUGGGGGAGGAGCGGCAGCCGGCAGCCCAGGGCGGCCAACAUCUUCCUCCUGCCUCAGCGUCUCGCACCUCUUACGGUUGGCUGUUGUCUGUUGCCUUCAGGAUCCCCGCAGCGUUUUUGGGUAAGAGAAAGGGAACCGCGCUCGUUUCAGCGCCCCGGGGGCAUCUGAAGAGGUGGAGGGCGCCCCACCAGCCUGAGUGGGCCUCCGUCUGUGCCCCGGCUGGCCGGGGUGUCCCAAAGCGAGAUGCGGGGCUCCUGCCCUGGGAAACGGGGCUUCCUUUCGUUGGAUGGAUUGUUGGUGAGCUGGCCUUUGAUCAUUCAAUAAUUUUCAUUCUAGAGAAUCUGAAGGAAGCCCAGGCAUUUCCAGGGCUCAGGAGCUGGGCAGGUGCUCUAAGGAGGAAAGGGAACUUUCUGGAUCAGCUGGAGAUCCGAGGGCUGCCUUAUUCCUCACCCGCCCCCCUCCCUGUCUUCCUCAGGUUUUCCCAAGUAGUCAUGUAGACCCUCAUUACUACCACCAGCCCUCACGUUCAGAGCUGGGCACAGUUUCUUAGGGAUUCCCCUUGUUCCAUCGCACACUAGAUCCAGACCUAAGAAGCUCCAUGGGGCCCCACCCUCCAGUCAUGCACUUGCCUUAAACUAGCUCCCCGCGCCCCUCCCCCCAGCUCCCUCCCUCCGCGCACCUGCCCUUGCUGUAACUCCCCAAGUGUCUUCCUGAAGCCGGGGCGCUCUUUCUCCCUCUCUGCGGCCUUCCCCCACAUAGGCCUGGGCCCUUGGCUUCAGGCAGCUCUUCAGAGGCAUCUGGGGACCAGGGCACCCGAGAGCCAUCCUUCCGUUGCAGACGCCCCGUUUCCUCUUUCCCCAGUUUCUUACGUUAAUCCUCGCAGCAGCGGCCUUCCUGCUCUGGGAGAGCCGGAGAAGGUGGCAUUUUGAGUAGCGUCGUAGGCGGCUGCUGCCACUUUCUUUUACUGUGAGGGGCUGCUUUUUAACAAGGAAGGAACCCCCCGGCUCGGCCCGUUAGGCUUGCCUUAAAGAGAGACGGUUGUAAACACUGCCCGGACUCCGGGGCGGCCCUCAUGGGUUCUGGGCAUCAGGGCUCCCACAAGAACUUUUCUUGUUGCCCUUUUUGGGAGUGGGAGGAGGGAGGAGGGAGGGGUAGGACAAGGCAGGAAAGAAAGGGCCGCUGACGCAGUCCAGUGGGGAAAGAGGAGACCUUCUGCCCGACUUGACAAAAUGGAUCAACUCUGGCAUGGUGGGUGGCUUCAGACUUCACUUUGGGGGGAAGAGACUCGAGUUGGAAAAGUAUUCCGUGUAGAAGCUCAAUUGGUCUUGGGAAAUCCCAGCAUCAUUUGCAUCUACUCUACCCAUUUUACCUAAAGGGAGGAAGCCCCGGGCUCUGCUCCCCAGGAAGAGCAUCUUUUUUUUCCCCUGGCCUGUGCCUCGGGGCCCAGAAACGCCCUCAGUAUUUCAUUGGCAAGUUUGCUUCCCGGCCCAUGGGAGCACCCCAACCUGGGCUGUGUCAUCCUCCCCAGCCUCGUCCCCAGCUCUCAGUUCUCCUUGUAAUGAUUCUCCAUUCCGUGGGCUAAUCACCGAGCUUCCCUCCGAGGUCUGCUUAAGGAGGGCACGGGUCCUCUCUGCGGCCUCCCCCUCACACGAGCUGCUCCUGGUUUGAAAGAACGCUUUGAAAGGGAGAGGGGGACCCCUCUUCCAGACACACCCCCCCACCAUCAUGAGCACAACGAUCCUAUGUUGGAUUUUAUAAAAGGACAAAAUAAAUGGAGAAUUUAAUUCAA